UGAGACUGUUAUGGUCCUACUGUACGCUGAAGUUUAAUUUCACUUUUGUAUUGAGACUAAAUUAUGCUCGUACUGUACUUGCGUACCACACAAGCUUGGGUUUCCUUAAAUUGAAGAAGGAAUGGGUUGUUUGUUUACAAUAAAAAUGGAUUGUCUAUAUGCAGGGAGUGGCAGUGUGCUUUUCUAUAAGAAUCCAUUCACACAACAUUUCCACAUUUUUAUGGCAGACAUUGAAAAAGGCAUCAGAAAGAAACUGCUUGGUGUCACCAUGCCAGUCGAAAGAAUGCGUAUGCGACCAUGGCUGGAAGAACAAAUCAAUGCAAGUAAAAUACCAGGGCUUAAGUGGGUAAAUAGGGAGAAAAAGAUUUUCCAGAUUCCCUGGAUGCAUGCAGCUCGACAUGGUUGGGAUGUGGAAAAAGAUGCUCCUUUAUUUAGAAACUGGGCAAUCCAUACAGGAAAAUACCAGCCAGGCAUCGACAAGCCAGAUCCAAAGACAUGGAAAGCCAAUUUCCGCUGUGCGAUGAACUCCUUGCCUGACAUAGAGGAGGUGAAAGACAGAAGCAUUAAAAAGGGGAGCCAUGCCUUCAGAGUCUACAGAAUGCUAACACUGACAGAAAGACCUGUAAAAAAAGGAAAGAAAAAAGUGGAUAAAGACAAGAUUAAAUUAAUUAAGCUGGAGAGGCCCUGUUCCCCAGGAAAUGGGACCAAUAGAGCUGAAGCACAGUUGAAUGUCGUAAUUAAAGAGGAAGUAACGGUGGACAGUACUGUUGGCAAUCUCUUAGAGAACUCGGUCCGCUGUGGCCAGUCCCGCCUGUGGUAGUGCGCCUUGGUGUCCCUGCUGUCCCAAAGGCAAAGAUAGCAGGGAAACUUGGUAAAACCGCCUUGGAGACCCAUAGGAAUGCCACCAUUGCAGCCUCUUGAUGCCAUCUCAGAAAAAUGCAGAUAUGUAUCCACUUAGGCAGCUGGAACUAAACUGAACUGGUGGGCUUAAGGCCCCUGUAUUUAUACUACUAUUUAUAUUACUAGAAAGUUCUAGAAGUUACUCCAAGUUUACUCAGCACUGAAUCUAUCUGGAAUGUUCUAGAAAAUAGGUAAAUUUCAAAAUAUCACUGUCCUGGUCACAAAAGCAAAGUUUGUGGGGAAUAAUAGCCAUUUUCUAUACUUUUGAGGCAUAAGCAAUUAGGAAAUAACACUUACUACCCAGGAACCAAAAAAAAAAAAAUGUGUUACAGUGUUAUCUGUCAAGCUUUUACUACAGUAAAGUGCUGCUCUUUUUGUUGAAAUCUAUGUGAAUGGCAAGGUAACAAGGGGAAAACAGUUGAUUGGUGGAUUAGUAAAAGCGAUUACUACAGUAAUAAGCUGUGUGUUUGUUAUUUAAAUCUAUGUGAAUGGCACAUAAUGAGAUUCAAACAGCUGAGUUUGCUAAACAGCUGGCAUGCUUAACAUGGUAUAAAUAAUGCCUUUGUUAUUUAAAUCAAUGGGAAUGGUAAACAGCAAAUGCUGUCCAAUAUAAAUGGCUGCCCAAAAUAACCCUGUACACUGUACGUGGUGGAUACUGUAGUUAUAAUUAAGAGCAGUAGUAGAAUACGGCAAGGUAUGGAGCAGUUCAAUGCAAGUACAAGCUGAUGCAAGUACUGGUACAAUUGGGUGCCAUAUAGUCCAAUAUAGUGGAGAGUUGUGAGGUUUACAGAUGCUGUCUGAACAGGUGUGUCUUGAGGAAGCGCCGGAAGGUGGUCAGGGACUGAGCAGUCCUGAUAUCCAUGGGUAGGUCAUUCCACCACUGAGGGGCAAGGGUGGAGAAGGAGCGGGCUCUGGAAGCUGGGGAGCAGAGUGGGGUACAGCUAAUCUGACAAUGGUGGAGAAGCAGGAGCAAGAGGGGGUGUAGGGAGAAAUAAUAAUCUGGAGAUAGGAGGGAGCAGAAAGGUUGAGACAGCGAUAGGCGAGUACAAGAGUUUUGAAUUGGAUUUGAGUAGAGAUAGGGAGCCAAUGGAGGGAGUGGAGCAGCGGUGUAGCGUGGGAGAAAUGAGGAAGGGGUAAACAAGGCGAGCAGCAGAGUUUUGGAUGAGCUGGAGCGGACGGAUAGCAGAGGCAGGGAGGCCGGCCAGGAGGGAGUUGCAGUAAUCAAGGCAGGCAGUAUCAGGGCCUGAAUUAGGAGCUGUGUGAAGUAGUCGGUGAGGAAGGUGCGAAUUCUGCAUAUGUUGCUGAGGAAGAAGAGACAGGAGCAUGCCAGAGAUGUGCUGAGAGGAGGAGAGGGAGGGGUAGAGGGUAACACCAAGGCUCUUGGUGGAUGAGGAGAGAGAGAGGGUGGUAGAUUCAAGAGGAAUAGAGAUAGAGAAAUCAGCGGUGGGGGAAGAAGAGGGGGGAAAAAAGGAGGUCUGAUUUGGAGAGGUUGAGUUUAAGAUGAUGCAAGUGCAUCUAGGAGGAGAUGGCCGAGAGGCAGGUUGAGCUACAGGAGGAAAUGUCUGUCAGAGGGGGGGAAAGGAGAGGAAGAUCUGGGCAUCAUCAGCAUAGAAAUGAUACGAGAAGGCAUGGGAGUAGAUGAGGGGAACCAGGGAGCAGGUGAAGAGAGAAAACAGGAAGGGUCCCAGGAUUGAGCCUUGGGGAACACCUGUCAAAAGAGAGCAAGGGUGAGCCAUGCCAGGACACCCGGUACGUGUGAUCAGAGAGGUAGGAGGAGAACCAGGCAAGAGCAGUGCUGGAGAGUCCCAGGUCAGCGAGGGAGGACAGGAGAAUAGGGUGGUCGACUGUGUCAAAGGCAGCAGAAAGGUCGAGGAGAAUUAGGACAGAGGAGACGGAGGCGGCACAGGCAGAGAGUAGAGAGUUAGUGACGGACAGAAGAGCAGUCAAAUACCAAUGUAUUUGACUGCUCCCAUGUUUACUGCAAAUGUGGUAGACAUGGGGUUAAGCUAAAAACAGAAGAGAGAUUCAUAUUGCAUAGGAAUAGGUUUAGUGUCCCUGUAAAGUAUUGUUUCUGUAACCUCUCUGUGUUAUGAUCAAUUUAAUUACAAUGCAAAAGCUAGGAGUCCUGGUUUGAGGUCCUGCAACUGUAUAAUAAGACUGCUAAGUUUUUUUUCCCCCCAUACCUUGUUGUGGUCACAAUACAAAACAGAAAGCACCUUGUGAUGGUUUGCCUAAUAGAACCAAGUCCCAUGUUCUGUUUAUUCUCUAGUUUAACUUGAUGGAGCAGAUUUAAAAUUUAAACACACUUGAACAGAACUCAGCUCAAGUCCAGAUGAAGUGAACCUACACUUCCAAAAGUCUCUCUUCUGAAACUCUGGACCUACAGUAUAGAUUUAACCCGAGAGGAAUCCUGUCUGUAAGAUCUUUAUAUAAAGUACUGGUACUUUUUCAAAAUGUAUGACCUUGAAGCCUGGGGUAGAUUACAUACUCUAAUGGUUUUACACAUGGUAGCUCAGAAGGGACUGAUUAAAUAGUCACUAUCAUUAAGUAAUGAAUGACCAAAUAGGAAGCUUCAAAGCCAACCAACAAUGUGGGUUGAAUGAGUUUUAAAGACUGGUGCGUCACUUUGCUUUUAUAUGAUGGCUGUUAUUUUGAAUUCACAUUUUCUGUAUACUGUACACACUUGAAAUGAGUUACUGUUAGGUUAUGAAUCAGAAUGCAGGCAUUUUCCCACUUCAUUUCACUAUUAGAGAAUUCUGAACAAUCCCUCUCUUAUAAAAGCUAUUUGUACAGGGGAAUAAUAUUUGACUUGUCAUAUUGAUGUCCUCCAGUAAUGCUGUAAGCUGUGCGUUGUAGUACAAGAAUCAUGCUAACAUCCAUAAUUUGUUAUGUCUCCAGUUAAUUUUUAACCUUAUUUAUUGAGCAUAAUAUAAUUACUUGCCUCUUGGGUGCACUGUACAUGACAUCACCAGGAUUUUGGAAGAGGAACAAACAGAUUUUUCACAUUUACUGAAGAAAAACAACCACUAUAGAUAAGAAAGGACUCCAAUUGUGAAUAUAUAAAAUCAUAUAUAUGCACAAUAACAACCUAUCAAUCAGUGUGUUUACAUGGCACUUCAAAUCCUGUUCAAAUCCGAUUAUAGAGCAAUCAGAUUCGAAAUCCUGCCAAGUAAACUGUGCAGUCAGAUUUGGGAAUUGGAUUUCUCUCCGUAAUCCCAUUCCAGGUAAUCGGAUUUGCGGAUGUGGGUUACCCAACUCAAAUCCUUUUCAAAUCCGAUCUUGCUGCCUUGUAACCGUUACAAUAUUAUUUCGGCAGUGCGCACGUGUACUAAAAAUCAGACAGCAGUCCUCGCAUGAGUGGUUGUGUGUGUUUGGGUUGAGCAUGAUGUCUCGUCAGAAGGAAGCAGCUUACUACUGGAGUGACGAUAUCUGCGAAAUGGACAAAUUAAAUGGGAGGGGGUAUCUGACACACAUGUGUAUAUCCUUCAGGCUCAUAAAUGGCUUUACCAUUUCGCAGAGCUUUUCAAAUGACACUUGUGUCAUACGGAAAUUCUCUCUCCAAUCUGCAUCUGUAAAUUUCGUAAGUACAGUUAUGUACCACCAAUCCCUACCUCUUUCUUUGACCCAUACAGUAUGACUGGGCUCACUGUAACAAAAAUGGGGAUGUAAUCAUCAGUAUUGCACUGUCUAUCUUGCUUUAGAGCUAAACGCUGACAAUGGAAAAGCAUGAGCAUAUUUAAUUGCAUCAACAUCAUAAAUGUUGAGAUGGACAUUAGGAGAAAUGUGUAAUUGAUCUGCAUCCUGACUGGAAAGAAGUUCUGAAAUAAAAUAGAGAGGAGAAUAGCUGUCGCCUCGGAGGCUUAUCUGUGGUGGCUCUGCGCCUGCAGGUUCUAGAAAUGCCAUCGGUAGCAAUUAACCCCUGUCAGGUAACAAAAUGAAUCAAGAAAAUCCUUUAUUUAUUUAUUUAUUUUUUUAAUAAAUGAUUUUAUGUAUGUAAACAAAUAUAACAACAAGAUGACUCAUCUCUAAAUUUGUCAAUUUAUAAGUAGGGAAGUCCGAUUACAUCAAUGCCAUGUAUACCGAGAUAACUAUCGCAUUGGCUUAUCCAAUUGCCAUGUAAACUCUGUAUUCCGAUUGUGAAAUCCGAUUCUGUGGAAUCCGACUACAGAGAAAUCCGAUUACUUCAUGCCAUGUAAACGUAGUGAAUGUUAUCUAAGAAACUACAGUUAUUUAGUAUUGCUAUUUGUUUUAACUCUUCUUACCUGU